AGUGAUAUUUGGCCCUUGGUUCUUUUCUUCACUGGAAUUGCGACAAUGGUGGUGUGCGUGACAAAGUUCACAACGACAAAUUUGGGGAUCAAUUCUGUCCCUCUUACAGUCAUUGGAACUGUCGUGUCCUUGGUUGUCAGUUUCAAGACGAAUAACUCGUAUUCUCGAUGGUGGGAUGGUCAAAAUAUAUGGGCAAACAUCACUUCCAAUUCUCGUCAAUUGGCUAUGAUCUUCUGGAUUCAGGUGGGGGUUGAACCGGAGGAAGAAGCUCAAGCAAAGGAGCGAGCGGGACUAGGUGGACUCAUCGAAAAGAAAACGUAUAUAGGUCUCAUCCUAGCUUUCUCAGUGGCUAUGAAGCAUGCGCUACGUGGUGAACUCGGACCAUUCUACUCGGAUUUAUACCCUCUCAUUGCUUUUCUCCCAAAGGAAAACUAUCAUACAGCCGAUGAAGUUGUGGUCCCCUUGACUCAAGCCGCCACCAAAUUCGAUGGCUCUCAUCCUGAUAACGAGAAGGCUAGUGGAGGGAUGACCACACAGUCCUCAUCUUUCCAAAAACAGAGAUUACGAAGUACAAGGGAUUGUUUAGGGGUGAAAGAUACCGAUGAACCUGAUAUCGAGGAAAAGGGGGAAGAAGGUCCAACGAGGAUAACGAAUGUUGAACUUAUGCCUCCUCGUCAUCCACCUCCUACUCGAUAUUACGAUAUCAUCCCGCCUUUGAGAAUCAUCAAGAUCGUCAGUGAUGUCUUCAAGAAAGCUCAGAAGCUGGAUGAACAGGAAAGAGUAGCAGGUGGGAAGAGGAGACAUCCGGGAGGUAUAGCUCCGGGAAGAAUACCACAGCAAAUAGUGAUGUACCUCUCUGCAUAUAUAUCCUCUCUCGUUCAACGUCAAUUACUCUCCACUUCUCUUAUUUCGCCAGCCUUGAACUGUAUACAAGAACUUCAAAAGGCAAUUUCAGAUCUCGAGAAACUAGCUACUACUCCUAUACCCUCAGCUUACGUCUUCCAUCUUCGUCUUACUGUAUGGAUGUAUCUCGCCGCACUUCCUUUCCAGUUGGUACAAUACAUCAAUUGGGUCACUAUACCUGUAGUAGCUAUGGCAUCAAUCAUUUACCUGGGAUUUUUGGAGAUAGGUGCUCAGAUAGAGUUACCAUUUGCGUAUGAUCAAAGUGAUUUGGAUUUGGACAAGUUCGUCAUUGGGUUGCAACAUCAACUGGCGGAAGUGACAGCUUUCCCUACAUCCGUCCCGACUGACUUUGUCGUCCAUUCUCACCUCAAUCAGCCCUUCUUACCCACACUGUCCCUCAACGUAGAAGAACUACUGGGUAUCUCUACCUCUUCAGAGGAUCGUCCCUCUUCCCCUGAUUCUCACCCCAACGGAGGUGCAAAUGGAGUUUCAAACGGGACGGAGCAUAAAACUCUUCCCAAGAGCAUGAAAGAUCUGGAAGUUGUCCUCAGUGCCAAUUGGAGAGAAAUCCGUGAGGAAGCGAGAUAUCUGGGUCGAAGACGUGAACAAUUGGAAAAUAGGACAGGGUUGGAGAUUGCCGUAUUGCAUUUGUAG